UCCAAAAAGGAGCCGGUCACAAGCCCGGAUAAAAGAGGAGUGCACCUGGUCGGGUUGUCGUCUUGGGGGUAACCCCAUCAUUGCAACUUGCCCACCCAAACCUAAUCCAAGGUGUACAUCGUGCCGAUGGAUGCAUGGCUGAGAGGGAGCUCAGUCGCGAACGAUACCCUUGGGAACCGGGCGAAACCCAUUGUAUAUAGCCUUGUCUGCGCAUGCGGGGCUCUGCGUAGAAUGGACCUUUUAUUUCCUCAGCUACUCGUGGGAACAAAUGGAAGAAACUUUUAAAAAUAAAAUAAACAAAAACACAACGACCUCCUUAGAUGAGACGGCACAGGCUGAAGCACUAAGGAGAGCGAAACAAAUCAAGAGCGGAACGGCCAAAGAGGAGCCAUCGAAGCCGGAGCGGCCACUGAAAGCUGGGGUACCCUCGGGAACCCCGGCCCAGGUGGCUGAUCCGGAGACGAAGGAACCUCCGAAAGCUGGACCCUCUUCACAUAAACCACCGACGGCUGAGAGCGGGACACUCGCUGAACCCUCGAAGCAAGUCAUAGAUCCCGGCUGGGAGAUCAGGUGCAAACCAAGAGGGAAGCCUGCCCAGACCGAACAUGAACCACCGCGAAAUAAACUUUCGCAGAGGCAGAGGCAGCGGCUCCGGAAGCAAAGAGAAGCAGCUAGCCGCACCUCUGAAACCAAGCAGCAGGAUGAAGGACUCGACCGCUGCUAAACAAAACCAGGCGAAGAAACCAGAGGGGAAAGCCAAGAGGGCACGCCUGGAUGAAACCAUAUCUCCCAGAGGCGACCACAAAAAACAGCGCAUGGAUGCCUCGUCGGGAACAGCGGACCGACCCUCCUCCUAUGCAGCGGCAGCAGCGGCGGACCUGACGGUGGCGAUCACUAACGAUCGCACGGGCAGACUGUCGCAGCAAGACGCGGUAGAGGUGGAGAAGAAGAUCGGAGAGGCAAUCUUCCAGGCUGCCAUCGAGACCGAUCUGGAUACCGUAGCGGAGGCCCCAGCGUUCUCAGGUAAACCAAGUUUUGUGGAUGGGUACCUGAAGCUGUGGUGCCAGGACGCAAAUACCAAGGCGUGGCUGAUGAAGUGGCUGGAAUCGGCUACCCUCCAAAACGGAGACCGUCUCGUUGGAAAGAGAGAGGACGAGAUGGUCAGGAACACAAGGUGCGGCAUCCUGAUACCGGCACUGGAGGAGAACCUUACUAAGAUCGGGAGAGUCUUGAACUUCCAGAACUCAUGGGCGCUAGUGAGGAAGUGGACUCUCCAUCAGGCGAUCCCAUUGAAGAAGAGGGCCUGCACACUGCUCCUGGUGGGAAUACCUGAAGACGUUGUUCCAGUGGUGCUGGAAAAGGGAAGGAGACUGAACUACCUGUGUGGAACAGUCUACAUCCGUUUCCAGCACAGCGGAGGACGCUUCAGAGAUUCUCCACCAGACAAAACCACCGCACACGAGGAGGACAAGGCCAGAGGGGAGGACAACCAGCCAGGAAGCACGUCAACAGCCAACACCCCUCUGCCAUGGAGACCGAAAGUGCGGAACACCAAACCGUCGACAUCGAGGAAAGCGUCUUGCUGGAAUCGGAAGACGAGGACGGCCUACCGAAGGGGAUCAGUCUCCUGGACCUAAAAGGAAGGGCAGCGGAGGAAUCAUCCACCAGUGCAGCCUUCCCUAUGUAAGGUCCUCCAGGUUAACCUCCAGCACAGCGAAUCUGCAACGGCUCAACUUCGAAGAUGGCUGGAGGUUAACCCUACAUCAAUAGCACUGAUCCAAGAGCCGUGGAUCAGAAACACACGAAUAAACGGCCUUGGCAACGCCGGAGAGACGUGUGCGCCAUAAAACUCCUCAGAUCACAAAACUCAACCCUGCCAGAGAUAGUACUGGCGUCCACCUACAUGGCGGCGGAGGACGAACCACCUCCUGUGGAGAUGAACAACCUCAUACGCUAUUGCGAACGUGAAGGGCUGGAGCUAGUCAUCUCUGCAGACUGCAACGGUCAUCACAACCUAUGGGGAAUGGAAACCAACAACAAAAGAGGUAACGAUCUUGUUGAAUACCUAAUGUCAACUAAUCUAGAUAUUUUAAACACAGGCUCCAAACCAACUUUUGUCACUCGUAGAUGUAAUACUAUAAUUGACAUUACUCUAGGCACAGGUCUGGCUGCUCAAUAUGUGUCCAACUGGCACGUGUCGGACGAGGCAUCCUGCUCCGAUCACAGAUGGAUUCGGUAUGACCUGACAGCCGACAAGCACACAAUCAUACCCAAAAGAAACCCGAGGCGCACGGACAUAACGGCGUACAAGAAACUCCUAGAAGGUAAAUUAGAUGAUAAUACACUAAUACUAAGACCAAACAACACAAAGGAACUGGAAGACCAGGUAAACCUACUAACAAAACACAUAACUGACUCCUACGAAAACACAUGUCCACUGUCGAUACCAUCAGCUGCAGGGAAAAACAAAAACGUAAACAGCUGGUGGGGACCGGAGUUGGAACAAAUGAGAACAAAAAUGAGAAAACUAUUGAAUAGAGCAAUGAACACAAAAGCUGAAGAGGACUGGGACAGAUACCAAACAGCUAAAUCGGACUAUAAGAAAAGACUAAGAUACAAAAAAUCAGCCUCAUGGCGAAAUUUUUGUGACAAUAUAGCUAACAUAAGUCAGGCAAACAGAACGAGAAAAAUACUCGCAGACCAACCUAGACAACUACUGGGAACCCUGAGGAGACAGGACAACACAGACACCGGUAGCCCAGCCGAAACAGAAAGGCUGCUGGUGGAGACACACUUCCCAGGAUGCAAAGUAGUCAAUGAACCAGACUCAGAACAAACAAAUAACUACAAUCCAACGGAAAGCGAAUGGAAAACUGCUGAACAAAUUACAGAACCCAACAAAACUCACUGGGCGGUAAACAGCUUUGAAAACUUCAAAGCACCAGGAACUGACGGUAUAUACCCAGCCCUACUAAAGUGGGGAGGACAUAAAGUAAUAAAGCACCUAUCAAACAUACUAUGCAGCUGUAUAGCACUCAGAUACGUACCGGAGAAAUGGAGGGAAGUAAAAGUAAUUUUUCUCCCCAAACCAGGCAAAACGGACUAUACAGAUCCUAAGUCAUUUAGACCAAUUAGCCUUACAUCCUUCAUGCUAAAAACACUGGAAAGAUUAUGUGACAAAGAGCUCAAGGAAACGGCAUUGAAGAACAUACAAAUCCACCCAAACCAACAUGCCUACAGUCAAGGUAAAUCGACAGACUCAGCGCUACACGCUGUAGUUAGUAACAUAGAAAAUGCGCUAGC